GUGUACAAAGAAAUCUCUCGCGAUCGCUUGAAAUAUUCGGGAAAUCCAAAUAUGAUUUUUAAAGAAACCAUAACAAGGACGCUAAUAAGUGAUACUAUUUUGGAAUUUUAAAUGAUUCGUUGGUUCAACGGACUCGGAAUAAUAGUGACAGUGAAUUGAUUGUAAUGGAACCUCCAUGAUAUUUGAUCGUAAAUGGAUGAACCUAUAGAACAUUAUACAACAGGAGAUAUAAAUUCUUAUGGGCAUACUGACGCUUACAAAAUGACCGAAGUGUUAGACCAGAAGAAAUCAACAAUUGACCAGCUUCUAACAGACGAGGAAGAUGAAGAUGAUGAAGAAGAAGACAUCAAUGAAGAUGAAGAAGAUGAGAGUGGUGGAGAUGGCGAAGAUGGUGAAGGCAGUGAGGAAGAAGAUGAAGAAUCCCAGGAUAGUGAACAAAGUGAAAAUGAAGAAGAAAUGGAUGAAGAAAGUAAAAGUUCCUAUACUAUGGACACAGAUGAACUACCACAGGUCAAGAUGGAGAAUGACCCCAAACCACCAAAGGUCAAGGCCGUAGAGGAGCUGACACAGGCGGACGAUGAAAACUCCAGCAACGCCCCCACACAGCAGACGGGCAGAAAGAGGAAGCGGAAAAGAGGAGGGGGAGAGAAAGGCAAGAAGAAAAAAUCCAAGAAUGCUAAACCAGUCACUCUCCGUCGAAACAUCAGGGACAUCAUCAAGGAGAAUGACCUUGACAAACAGACACUGAACGCACAGCAGGAAGAGGCGGAGCGUCGGCAGAGAAUUCUAGAGGUACAGAAAGCUCUAGAGGAGCAGCGAAAGAAGGAGAAAGAGGAGAAUGACUCACAACUCAAGUCCUUGUUACAGAUGGAUGAUGAGGACAAGAGCAGUGAUGUCAUUUACUUGGACAGCAGUGAUGAGGGACGGCCCAGAAGGAAAUCAAAAGACAGUGACAUCAUCGAGCUGAGUAGCGAUGAAGAAGACGUUCUCCUGACGAAGGACGAAGACAGCGAUGUAGAUCCUGAAGACCCAAACAAUGCAGGAAACCAUAUAAAUGAUGCUCUGAACGCUCAUGACGACUUUGGUCGAGUGCUGGUUAACAUCGGCCAUCCGUCGGAUGAACCGGAUAUAUUUCUAGCACCACAAAUUGCAAGAUAUAUCAAGAAACAUCAGAUCGGUGGAGUGCGCUUCCUGUACGACAAUCUGAUUGAGUCCCUCAGCAGAUUCCACAACAGCCCUGGCUUCGGCUGUAUCCUGGCCCACAGCAUGGGGCUGGGUAAAACCAUCCAGAUGAUCUCCUUUGUGGACGUGUUCCUGCGGUGUGCCAAGGCUAGGACUGUCCUGCUGAUCGUGCCCAUCAACACACUACAGAACUGGAUGGCAGAGUUCAACAUGUGGUGCCCCACAAAGGAGAUGGUUGGUGACCUGGGCACAGAUCAUGUGAUUCCCCGCCCAUUUAAUGUGUUUCUCCUCAAUGACAAUUUCAAGUCCACAGGGUCCAGGGCCAAAGUUAUAGGAGAGUGGUACACUAAGGGAGGGGUGUUGUUGAUGGGGUAUGAGAUGUACAGGUUGUUGUCCAGUCGCAAAGGUCACAUGGCAGAUGUCAAGGUCAAAAAACCGAAAAAACCUUCCGCUUCUCCAGUGGUGAUUGAUGUAGACGAAGAGGACAAAAACAAAGAACUCCUCGUGGGUGUACAUGAGGCCCUGAUCAACCCGGGCCCUGACCUUAUUGUGUGUGAUGAAGGUCAUCGCAUCAAGAACAGCCAGGCCGGAAUCUCACAGUCCCUCAAGAACAUCAAAACAAGACGGCGUGUGGUUCUAACUGGUUACCCCCUCCAGAACAAUCUGAUGGAGUACUGGUGCAUGGUGGACUUUGUUCGCCCCAACUACCUCGGCACCAAGACAGAGUUCAGCAACAUGUUCGAGCGUCCAAUCACCAACGGCCAGUGUCAGGACAGCACGCCCUCUGACGUCAAGCUGAUGAGAUAUCGGGCUCACGUACUUCACAGCUUACUGGAGGGAUUCGUACAAAGACGAGGUCACACUGUUCUUCAGCAGGCUUUGCCGCCCAAACAGGAAUUCAUUUUCUUGGUGCGCAUGUCCCCAAUCCAGCGAACUCUGUACAGAGAGUUCAUGAACUCCCUACAGAUCCAGAAUCUCGGGUCAUGGGCGAACACCAAUCCCCUCAAGGCCUUCGCUGUGUGCUGCAAGAUAUGGAACCAUCCUGAUAUUUUGUACAAUCUGAUCCAAAAGAAGAAAAGCAUCACCGAUGACAAUGACCUUGACAUUGAGACUGAAAAUGGAACGGGAACCAAAAAGAAGAGGUGUGUCAAGAAGAAGCCCCAGAAGAGCCCCCAGCCAGUUGACCAGUACUACCCCCCGUACGAACGUGGGCAGGAGAUCAGCUACGAAUGGGUCAGUGACCUACUUAAAGAAUACACCAGUGGACUCCUGGAGAGUGGAGGAAAGAUGGCCAUCUUAUUCAAAGUUUUGGAGGAAUCUCUGGCCAUUGGCGACAAAAUUCUGGUCUUCAGCCAGAGCUUGUUUACUUUGGAUCUCCUUGAGGAGUUUCUGUCCAAGCGGAAAGUCCCACGUCCAGACAUGAAUGAGAACUGGUGCAAAAAUCAGAGCUACUUCAGACUGGAUGGGAGUACAUCAGCACAGGAACGGGAAAAACUGAUCAAUCAGUUCAACUCACCCGAAAAUACCAAAUCAUGGCUCUUCCUUCUCUCUACCAGAGCUGGGUCACUAGGGAUCAACCUGGUAGGAGCCAACCGUGUUGUCGUCCUUGAUGCCUCGUGGAAUCCCUGCCACGACUGUCAGGCCAUUUGUCGGGUUUUCCGGUUUGGACAGGUCAAGCCAAGUUACAUCUACCGCUUGGUGACUGACAACAGCAUGGAGAAGAAGAUUUACGAUCGCCAGGUGUCCAAGCAGGGAAUGUCAAAUCGUGUCAUUGACGAGAUGCAGAUACAAAAUCACCUGACGAAGAGACAGGUGGACAGUCUACUUCAUUAUGAGGACAAAGAACCUGAGUAUGCUGACUUUAGUCAGGAAGAUUAUGAAGACCCCAUCAUGAACAAACUUCUGCAAACUGAGGGACAUUGGCUUACGACGAAACCCUUUGAACAUGAGUCCUUGCUGAUAGAUAAGAAAGAACUAAGAUUGACAAAGAAGGAGAAAAGACUUGCUCAGCAGAGUUACGUGAUGGAGAAACGGCUGAAUGUCUCGUACUCAAGACCCUCAUACGCAGCUUUCUACCCCAAGGGACAGGAAGGAAACGCUCGACAGAUUAAGAUUGUGUCUCCACCCUCACAGCCAAUUUGGCCGUCCACUACCUACACCUCUCGCCCUGUGGCCAGUGUGAAGCCAAUGAUCACCACCCCAGUACCCAUGCAGCCCAAGGGUGUUGGCAGGGGAGAGAACCGAAAUCUGCCAAUCAUUAGCAAAAACAAACCCGGGGUGUCCGUUCAUAAAGUUCUCACUACUACAGAUAUCAUGUUACCUGGUACAGCCACCAGUACACAGUCCACAGCAGGAACCAGCACAAACAAGAUUCCCGCUGGACAGCAGAUCUUCAUCAUCAAAACUCCCAAAGGAGUCUACAUCCGAACAAACUCAGGCAAGAUCUUUGCAGUGCGAGCCAAGUUUCCUCUGUCUGGGUCGACCACAGCUGUUGCUUCAAGCUCCUCUCCUGUUACCUCAGCAACCAACUCAUCCACAUCAUCAGCCCUGACGACUGCGGAUUUACUUGCCUCCUCAGAAGAAGCCUCUGAUUCUCAGGGCGAAUCUCAGUCCAGUUCCUCCUCAUCCAAGGACCAGGACGCCAGUGAUAUUCUUGCGUCUCUCUAUGGGCAGGAUGCUCCGAUCAAGCCCGCAAUAUCGAGUUCCAACUCCAGCCAGGACAAUCCAAUCAAACCUGCGAUAUCUCGAACAGACUCUAGUGCUUCCCUGGCAUCGCAGUUUGGAAAGUCGGACAUGUUUGGUGACAUCAGACAAACUGGAAAUGCAAAAGUGGGCAGUGAUUCUGCGACGGAUGAACAGAUAGACAAAGUCAGUGACAAUUUGGAAAGCAUGGACUCCCAACCUGACCUCCCAGUCAGCAAAGAGGAGUUGUUCUACCGAAAAAGUACACCCAACAGAAAUCCUUCAAAGACAGAGCUUGAUACCUUUACAACAUCACAAAUGGACGAUAUUUCGAAUUUGAUUAAUUACAGUUCUAAUACAUCAAACCAGAUAAGUAGUGACUCAAAUCCGAUGGGUGGAAGUUCAAGUAUGUUGAAUCAUAUGGAUAGUAAUUCAAGUAUGUCCAGCCAGUUGAAUAACAAUUCAAAUAUGUCACACCAUAUGAGUGGCAAUUCAAAUUUAUCGCACGAGAUGAGUGGCAAUUCAAAUAUGUCGCAUCAGUCAAGUGGAAAUUCAAAUAUGUCGCAGCAGAUGGGUGAAAAUUCCAAUAUGUUACACCAGAUGGAGAGUGGUCCUGAUAUGUCGAAUCAAAUGGAUGGAAAUAUGAGGUCCCAGUUGGAUUACGGUUCCAAUAUGUCCAACCAGAUGGGUGGUAGUUCCAACCACAUGAACAGUGGUUCAAAUUACAUGGGAGGAGGUUCAAAUAUGUCAAACCACAUGGGAGUCUCUUCAAUGCCAUCUCAUAUGGGAAACAAUUCUAACCUGCCGCCAUAUCCAAUACCUGGAGGAAUGGGUCCGUCUCAUGUCCCAUUCCUAUUUCAGAACCAGCUGAUGUACCCUCAGGGUGGGGGCUAUCCCCCCAUGUCUGGGAUGGGCUCCAUGCCCUACUCUAGUCCUAUCACCAGUACACAAGAUGCAGGGACAUCUUCUGUUUCCUCCUCUCUAGCUCCAACAAGUAGUAACAUGUCCAUGCCCUCUAUGCCAGGAAUGCCCUCUAUGCCAAUGAUGGGAUUCCCUUUUGCACCUUACCCCUUCCCUAUACCCCAACCCUACCUGAUGCCAGGAAUGGACCCCAACUACAUGUCCCAACUGUCCAUGCCUGGUCACCAAAGGUAUAACAUGCACCACGGCAUGCAUAUGCCAGGCUCAGGACCCAUGAUGCCCCCUGAAUACCCUGGCUCUAAGGACUACAUGAAUCAGAGCUCCUCAGAUUGUCAAUCCAAUCAAAGCCUGGACAUGCGGCAUCAAGACAACUCCAACAUGUGAACUGCAAUAAGGAACUUGUCUAAAUAGAACUCCAUACUCAUCUUUCAAAAACAGUUUGAGUGUCAUGGAACCAAGGUCAUGUGACAAAAUGUUGUCAUGGUUACUGUCACCAUGGCAGCAAUAGACAACAAGUUGCUCCCCUUUGGGGAAGGGUGACUGACAGUUGCAAUAGACCACAGUGAUGUGUGUUGGUGUUGUGAUGCAUGCCAUAGUAUUAAUACAUGUACUUAGUCUCAUUCCUACUCCAUAGCAGUGUACUGUGUACUCUAUAGCUGUGUACUUAUGUACAUCCAGGUACAUCAUUGUCUGAACCUGGUGAUAUCAAUACUAUAGACAAACAUUUUGCAGUAUACCUACAUGUAUAUUGAAUGUUUGGUUGUCUACAAGAUGUCUUACCAUCACUUAGUAGUUUGUUCCGUGUAGAAUAUGAUUAAUUCAAAUCAUCAAUUGCAUGUCUAUGUAUCAGCCAUGUUACUUAUAUGUAAAAAUUCAUGUAUAUAUAACUCUGUAAUGUUUUGGUUUGUGAUACGCGUGCGGUACUUGAUCUCCUCAAUUAGAUGAAAGACAUGAAAUGGUUAAAAGUAUGCUUUAAAAGAAAACUACAUGUAUGUUUUUCUCAAAGAACAUCUUUCAAUCUUCGUUGCAUCUUUAAAAAAUGUGCUCUGUGAUUUUUCAUAAUUUUUUAUUUCUAUAAAAUGCAAUUAAAAUCUAAAACUGUUGAAAUGAAUGAAAUAACAACCAUGAGUUGGCAAUAUUUAUUUGCAUCAAUCAAAGAGUAUUUUUCGGUGCAGCUCAAGCUAUAAGGCGGCAAACAUUUGUUUGUUACCUAAGGUAGUGAAGUUUUAAAAGACCUUUUAUCCUGUGCUUUGUUAUUAAUUUUAAUAAGUAUUUCAUAUAUAAAAUGAAAUUUUACUUCAUUCAUUAUUUUUAGAAGUAAAAGGUAUUUAAAGACAAAACAGGAAUAGCUAAAUUACUGCCGUAAGUAUUCUUGCGAGAUGUUAAUUAAAGCCAAGGUUUUUUUUUUGGGGGGGGGGGGGGGAUGAGAUACUUGUAAAGAUUUGCAAGGUAUUAAAUUUUUACAGAAUUUUUUCCUUGUAUGUUUGUUUGCAUUAAUUAUAACAACAAACUGAAAUAUGAAACGUGUGAACUACAUGUAUAUUUUAACUACAUGUUGAUACUUUGAAAUUAGAUAAAAUAGAUUAUCAAACCAACACUUUUAAAUUAUAUUUACAAACAUUUUGAUUAUUAGACCAUUUCAUCAUCAUUAUUUUUUUUUAUCAUUAUUAUCAUUUAAUAUAAAUUGCAUUUUUAAAAGGCAUGCAUAGUGUAAGAGUUCUCUCGUGCUGUUCAAAAUGUAGCUGUAAAGAUGCAUGUUAACAUGCUUUCACAGGUUUAAAGCAAUGUUUAUACACCCACUAACAUUUUUCUCUGUAGAAGUAUAAUUGUCAUUGUUAAGGUGAACUUAUUUCAACAUCUUUAUAAUGUCCCUCUGAGAGGUUUGUAUUAUAAAUUUUCAUGUCAUCUUUUUGAUGUUUUUAUUUAAAUAAUAAAAUAUGUAAAGGUA